AUGGCUCAACUGACUACUAAACAACUUCAGUUGAAGCGCGUGAUCGAUCGCACGAUCGACAAUAUAAAGAAAAUCGGCAAGAACAAUUUGACGGCCGGGAAGGUCCGCUCACGGCUGACAAUCCUUAAGGACACUUGGUCGCAAUUCUUGGACGGGCACGCUCUCCUAACCAAGGCCACGCCGGAAGCAUCCCGAGGGACGAUGGACUACUUCCGCGACCAUUAUUGCGACGCUACCGAGGAGGUGUUCGAGGCGGCGCACGAUUUUCUAACCGAGUGCUUGGAGGAAUUGGAGCCUGUGAGUUCAUACGCCGCCGGUAAUUCUUCUCAGUCUCGUGCGCAUUCGGUAUCACUCCCACAUUUGCCUCCCAUCCGUUUGCCGCCAUUCGAAGGCCGCUAUGAAGAAUGGGAGCAAUUCCGAGAUCGGUUCACCGCGCUCAUAAUCAGUAAUCGCGAUUUAGACGAUUUCGCGCGGAUGCAUUAUUUAACUUCAUGCGUAAAAGGUCGUGCGCUCGAAUGUAUCGGGAAUAUUCCGGUUACCGCCGAUAAUUUUGGUACGGCGUGGCAGGCGUUACUCGCUCGAUAUGAGAACAAACGGCGGCUGAUCACCAAGCAUUUAUCCGCGUUGCUCAAUCUCAAAAUGAUUUCUCGUGAGUCUGUAUCCGAUUUGCAAGCACUCCACGAUGACGUGAAUAUCGCGGUAGCUUCUUUGCACACUUUAAAUCGCUCUCCGGCAGACCUCUGGAAUGAUAUUCUCGUGUAUAUUGUCAGUAACAAAUUGGAUCCGGUAACCAGGAAGGCCUGGAAUGUUCGGAUGAGUGAGAGUAGUGAUCCGCCGACGUUCGAAGCACUUAACUUAUUUCUUGCGAGUCGCACGCGUGCUCUCGAGGACUUCGCCGCCAACUCGUCGAGCGUUGCGGCGGCGGAGUCUUCUCCUGCGUCGCGAGUUCACGUUGCUGCUACAUCCACGCAUGCACUCGGCGGAUGCCCGAUAUGUAAGGGGCGCCAUUAUUUCAGUGCUUGCCCGACAUUUGUUCGCGGGAAUGUUUUCCGGCGACGUGACCUCGUGAAGCGGUAUCAACGAUGUUAUAACUGUCUGAGUCCGAAUCACGCGGUAAAUGAGUGCAGUAGUAAGCAUUCCUGUCGGGUUUGUCUGCAAAGGCAUCAUAGCCUGCUUCACGCUGGUGCGGAUUCGGGUGGAGAUCGACUGGUAGUGGAGCCGAAUCCGGGACUGUCAUCUCAGGCGGUCGAAGCGCCAUGCGCGGUGCAGUCCUUGCACGCUUCUUCUAUUGUUCAGUUAUUCUAUUGUUCAGUUAUUAAACAAGUACUGUUGGCGACAGCCUGGGUGAGGGUCAUCGGGUCGAGCGGCCGAACGGUCGUCGUUCGAGCUCUCCUGGAUCAGGGCUCACAAAUGACCUUUGUAUCCGAGAACUUGGCGCAAGUAUUGCAUGCGAAACGACGGCGCAUUUCCGUACAGGUGUCGGCCGUCGGCGGAGUUCAUGCAGGCACAGUUCGUUAUGCCACGGAUAUCUCUGUUUCGCCGCGUGACUCGAUGUCUCCCUCGUAUAACACUAGCGCCGCUAUAUUAGAGAAGCUUACGCAUUACGCGCCGAAAUACGUUGAAUCUCUUUCGGGUUAUCCACACCUGGUUGAUUUACCUUGGGCAGAUUCGAAUCCCACCAGUUCCGAUCCUAUUAACCUCAUCAUCGGCUGCGAUCUUUACAACGUCGUUACUCUCGCUGAACGUCGUGAAGGCCGUUUCGGUGAACCCACCGCGCAGAAUUCGAUUUUCGGAUGGUUCCUGUCGGGUCCAAUAGCUGCACCGGCGCAGCACGUUUUGUCGCCGGACGAUGCAGUUGAGGCGACAGAUGCAUUCAGUGUGUUCGUGCAUCACUGUUGCGACAUGUCCAUUCUCGCUAAAGAAAUUCAACAAUUUUGGGAAAUUGAGGAACUUCCCAAACACUCGGUUCUUAGCACCGAGGACAUUCAGUGCGAAGAUCAUUUCCGAUCCACGCACUCUCGCACAAUCGAGGGCCGAUAUGUCGUUCGUCUCCCGUUCAAAACGAGCCCUCCGCUCAUUAUGGGAGAUACAAGAGUCAGGGCGGCACGCCAGCUGGACUCGCUGACGCGUCGCUUGCAGGCUCACCCCGCGCAAUUUGCCGAAUAUUCUGCGUUUUUAGCGGAAUACGAGCAUCUUGGCCAUAUGCGCCGAGCGCCGGUCACUGCUGCGAGCAUCUCACGCGCUGUUUACAUACCGCAUCAUCCUGUUUACCGCUCAGACAGUAAAACAAGUCAUUUACGCGUCGUGUUUAACGCCUCAAGCCGCACGGCGACGGGUCGCAGUUUGAAUGAUAAUCUGCUUUCCGGGCCAAAGCUGCAAACAGAUCUACCCGCGGUCAUAUUACGGUGGCGAAUUCAUAAAUUCGUGUACAGCGCUGACAUUGCUAAAAUGUAUCGGCAAAUUUGGGUAGACGAGCGAGAUGUUGAUUAUCAGCGCAUUCUGUGGAAUACUGACCGCCGGACUGACUAUCAAUUGCUGACGGUUACCUACAGAAUGGCUUGCGCUCCCUUUUUGGCGCUGCGCGUACGUCGACAGCUCGAUGCGUUGCUCCAGUGUGGGGGUUUCCAACUUAGGAAGUGGGCAAGCAAUUCAUCGGAGCUUCUGGCUGACAUUGAUGCUCACGAGCAUGGCUUGGCAUGCACUAAGUCCUUGCAGGUUGACGAGAAAUUGAAGAUUUUGGGCAUCGGAUGGAAUCCGACACGAGAUAACUUCAAGGUGACGGUGUCUCUUGAAGGACGCGUUCCGAAAAGCAAACGGGCUAUUCUGGCGGCGAUUGCUAAAAUCUAUGACCCGCUCGGUUGGGUCACUCCGAUCACUAUUACCGCAAAAAUAUUUAUGCAGCUACUUUGGCGGGAAGGUCUUGCAUGGGAUGAAGCUGUCCCGGUUAAAUUACAGCAUCGCUGGCACCUCAUUUUUUCGCGCCUCUCCUGUCUCAAUGAUUUUCAAAUCCCGCGUUGGCUUGGGCUCGGCACGGACUCCCAACUAGUCGAGCUUCACGGUUUCGCCGAUGCCUCGAACGUGGCCUACGCGGCAGUCGUUUAUGCGAGGGUCGUAACAUAUGCUGGAGAAAUAAUUAUUUCAUUGCUAACGGGAAAGUCGAGAGUUGUUCCAUACUAG